AUGAGAGACCCAACAACGUAUUCCCAGAUCAAACCUCAAUUCCCAGAACAAGAGCACCUAAAAUGUCCGAGAUGUGAAUCAACAAACACAAAAUUCUGCUACUACAACAACUACAACCUCUCUCAGCCUCGCCACUUCUGCAAGAACUGUAAAAGGUACUGGACCAAAGGUGGUGCACUUCGGAACAUCCCAGUCGGCGGUGGUAGUCGCAAGAACACAAAACGCUCUUCAAACCCAAAACGCUCUUCAGCAACUUCCUCUUCAUCUUCAACCUCAUCUACACCAUCUUUGACCUCUCAAGAACUUCCAAAACCAGAGCCCUAUGGUCUCUCUGUUUCAUCAAUUGAUCGUGACCGUAGGAUGCUUGGUAUGGGUGGGAGUUUCAGCUCACUUUUGGCUUCAAAUGGGCAGUUUGGGAAUUUUUUAAUGGAGGGUUUGAAUCCAAAUGGGUCGACUGUGCAAUUGGGUGAGUUUGCAGAGAAUGUGAAUUCGGGUUCUGGGUUGAAUGUGGUCCGGAAUGUUGACCCACCAGUGGAGUUGCAGAGUGGCAACAAUUCAGACACAUUUUUGAAUGUUCAAAGUGGUGGUGGUGACUCUAGCUGUUGGAAUGGUGGCAAUGGGUGGCCUGAUCUUGCUAUUUACACACCAGGUUCGAGCUUUCAGUAA